AUGCCUAAGGAGGAGCUGGGGCUGGGGAUGGCUGGCUGCAACUCUGGGAGCUGCGACAGCAUGGUCAGCACGGCCUCCAACCACUCGCAGCAUAGUGACAACAGCUAUGACUACUUAUCUGUGGAAGAGAAAGAGUGUAUGUUCUUAGAAGAAACUAUUGGCUCACUGGAUGCAGAAGCAGAUAGUGGGGUCUCUACUGAUGACACCGACUAUGUGGAGCCCUCCAAGCUGCCUGGGACGUGGCCUCGGAGAGACUCCAUUCCUCGGGAUUUAGAAAAUGGGGCUCCCUCUCCAAGUGGAGGUCAGCAGCGUGCAGCUGAACAGAAGAGUGGUAAGAACAUCUCUGCCUUCUCAAGCUCGGCUCCAGCAGUGGUUCCAAGCCCAGGCUAUUACAGUCUCCCAAGGAACAUCACUGUAGCUAAUGCACAAAGAGCAAACGGAGCUUCUGACAGCAAAGCAUCUGCCCGCACAGUGGAGGACCCAGUGCCAGUAGACAAAUCUUCACAGGAGAUGGCCAAGGAGGACAGGCUUGACCAAGCCAAUGGGAGAAGCCAGAUGAAGUCCCUGGGAUCAUUAAUUAUCCAACCUCCAGAUCCCUUCCAGGAUGACCUGGUGAGCCAUGAGCGGUCACGCAGCAGUCGCUCAGAUGUCAAGAAGGAAGCAGGCAAGGAGACCAAGACUCGGACUUCACGGGGCCAACCAGAGAAAUCCACGUUGGAAGAGGCCCCUCAGGACCCUGAUGUGAAGCGCGGGCCCCCAACUGCCCCCAAACCACGAAAAUUGCCACCAAAUAUUAUCCUGAAAACCAGCAAAAACAGCCCAGUGCCACUUGCCACGGAGCCCAGCCAGAAGGUAAAAGCACCACCUCCAUCCUUGGCCAGCUCUCAGCCCAGCUCUGCCAGCGACGCUGCUGCUGAAAAGGCAAAUUCAGGGCACCUUGACCCCAAAGAGAGGGAGAAAGCCCGGCGGGAGGCGUUGGAGAAGCUUGGACUGUCACAGAACAGGAGGGAACCCAGCACCCAUCUUCAACCUUCCAUGCAUCCCCCACCAAGGGAGAUAGCAUUCCCCACCCCUAGAGAGCCCGAGGCACGCUGCGGUGUGAUGGAGAGGUCGGUGCCAGGUAUCCGGCAGAUGAACUUCAAAUCCAACACCCUGGAGCGCUCCGGCGUGGGGCUGGGCAGCUACAUGGCCAAUGCCAAGGAGCAGAGCGUCAAGACCAGCAGCUCCCUGGGCAAGGUGUCCUUCAUCGAGCGGCUCGCCCCGAGCUUCCUCAGGAGCAGCCGCCCCCGGCCAGCAUCCCUCGGGGCAGGGAAGGACUUUGCUGAUCUGAAGGAACCUGGGCAGGUGGAGCUGGAGAAGAGCAGCAAGCGACGAUCUCACCCUCUGCAGAGCUUCCCCAGACCCACCCGCUCCUGUGUCAGCGUGAAGAUUUCCCCCAAGGGUGCGACCGAUGAGAACCGGCGAGAAGCGCUGAAGAAGCUCGGUCUGCUGAAGGAAUAG